UGCGGAGGGCGGCGGAUGACGAAGGGCGGGGGCGUGCCCGCGGUGCGCGCUGCGCCAGGCUGCUUGUUGUUCCCGCAGAGAGGCAAGAAGAUGGCGGCCGUGUCUAGCGGAGGAGCAGCUGGGUCCGCCGCGGCCGUGAUUACACACCCGGCCCGACCGACACACGCCGGCAUGGGCCCCCAGAACCGAACCCAGCCGACCUCCGCGAUCAGCCAUCCCGGUCGCCCCGCCACAGCCGGCGGCUGCAUCACCAAUCCCGGCCACACUUCGGCCACCAGGCCCCCCCCAGCCCGAGUGGGCUACUACGAAAUCGAGCGGACCAUCGGGAAGGGAAAUUUCGCGGUUGUUAAACUCGCCACGCACAUCAUCACCAAAGCAAAGGUGGCUAUAAAAAUAGUGGAUAAGACCCAGCUAGACGAUGAGAACCUGAAGAAGAUCUUCAGAGAAGUGCAAAUCAUGAAGAUGCUGAAGCACCCCCACAUCAUCCGCCUGUACCAGGUGAUGGAAACGGAACGCAUGAUCUACCUAGUGACAGAAUUUGCAAGUGGUGGAGAGAUCUUUGACCACCUAGUAGCUCAUGGGCGCAUGGCAGAAAAGGACGCCAGGAAGAAGUUCAAGCAAAUUGUGGCCGCCGUCCACUUCUGCCACUGCCGCAAUAUUGUCCACAGGGACUUAAAAGCGGAGAACCUGUUACUGGACCACAACCUCAACAUCAAAAUUGCAGAUUUUGGUUUCAGCAACAUCUUUUCUCGAGGCCAGUUGUUAAAGACCUGGUGUGGCAGCCCUCCUUAUGCUGCUCCAGAGCUUUUUGAAGGGAAGGAGUACGAUGGUCCUAAAGUUGAUAUAUGGAGUUUGGGGGUGGUGUUAUACGUGCUGGUGUGUGGCGCCUUACCCUUCGAUGGCAGCACUCUACAAAACUUGCGGGCGCGUGUUCUCAGUGGAAAGUUCCGCAUCCCUUUCUUCAUGUCCACAGACUGUGAGUACCUAAUAAGACACAUGCUAGUUCUGGAGCCCAGCAGACGUUUGAGUAUGGAACAGAUUUGUAAGAACAAGUGGAUGAGACAAGGAGAUCCAGACCCAGACUUUGAUCGGCUUAUAGCUGAGUGUGAGCAGGUGAAGACCGAGCGAGAGGUGGAGCUCAUCAAUGAGCAGGUGCUGAUGGCCAUGUCCGAAAUGGGCCUGGACAGGGAGCGCACACUUCAGUCUCUACAAACAGAUGCAUAUGAUCACUACAGUGCCAUUUACAGUCUGCUGGCUGAACGCCUCAAGAAACACAAGACCCUUCGUGUCGCCCCGCCCACACCACGACCUAUUAGCUAUCUUCCAAAUGCUGUACAGGCUGACCCUCAAAGUAAUCCUGUCAGCAUGACCGUCCCCCAAGUCCAGCUCAUUAACCCAGAGAACCAAAUUGUGGAGCCUGAUGGCAGCAUGGCCCUGGAUAGUGAUGAAGGAGAAGAACCAUCUCCUGAAGCCAUGGCUCGCUACCUUUCAAUGAGGCGGCACACUGUGGGGGUUCCAGACCAAAGGACAGAGAUGCAGGAGGACCAGAAGCUUCCACCGGGUUUUCCUCGUGGCGCAUUGCCCCAGCCACCGUUUCCCCAGCUUGCACCCAACACAAGCCAAAUGCACACUCUCAUGCCUAUACAAAGCCUGCAGCCAACACAGCAGCUGGAGUACAAGGAGCAAUCUCUGCUGCAGCCUCCUACUCUUCAACUACUAAACGGCAUGGGGCCCCUGGGCCGAAGAGCUUCCGACGGCGGGGCCAACAUUCAGUUGCACGCCCAGCUCCUGAAGAGGCCUCGAGGGACCUCCCCGCUUGUUGCCUGCCCGCAUCCUAUUCCUGCAGUAGCUCCGGUGGAUGAGGAGGGGUCAGAUGGAGAGCCAGACCAGGAGGCGGUGCAGAGGUACUUGGCGAACCGCUCCAAGCGGCACACGACGCACGCGCUCAUGAGCACCCCGCAUGGCGAGCCCCCGACAGAGUCACAGAGGCCCCAGGGCCCCCGCCAGAGAGGGGGCUGGGCCCCCGACACAUACAGCCGAUCCAGCUAUAAGGACUCCAACACCCUCCAUCUCCCUAUGGAGCGCUUCUCUCCUGUCAGGCGCUUCUCUGACGGCGCCGCCACCAUCCAGGCCUUCAAGGCUCAUCUGGAGAACAGCAGCCUCAUCAAGCAGCUCAAACAGGAGUGUGAGCAGCUACAGAAAAUGUACGCAACCCAGCAGGACGAGCGCUUCCUGGAGCACACUCAGCAGCAACACAUCUUGUACCAGCAAGAGCAACAAAUCCUCCACCAGCAAAUCCAGGGCCUGUCUUUGGGCCAUGGAGAGAGCCAGCCCAGUCACUUGACCCACCAGCUCCAGAGGUUGCACAUCCAGCCCUCUAGCCCUCCGCCAACACAUCCCAGCAACCACCUCUUCAGACAGCCCAAUCAGAGUCCCCCGCCGGGCUCUCCAGGCUUAAUGCAAGCACACGGGGCUCAGUCAUCAGUCCAGUACCAGCAUGGUCCCUCAGCAAUGUACCAAGGCCAGAGCGGCAGCCCCCCUCCCACAGUCAUGCCCCGGGUCUCUCUCUCAGCCAAUCCACAAGCAGCGUCCGCCCGUCCCGCCAUCCCGUUAGCACAGGGUGUUCCUCAGCAGCAGCAGCAGCUGCAGGUCACUAUCCAGGUGCAAGAGGUGGAGCUUGGAGGUGGGCCUCAGAGACAAGGCAGCUUUUUGUCCACGCCGGGGGGGCACCGAGUCCUCGGGAAGCAGCUCAGCGCAGACAACGCAGAAAUGCACAGCCGCAGCCUCGGCCGUUUCACAUCUGGCUAUGACCAGGUCCAGUUCAGCCCCCACCUUUUCUCUGGUGAUGCCGCCUCUCGAGGGGUCUCCUACAACCCCUACCUGCAGGGCGCCUCGCUCAAAGUUCCCGGCCUAGAAGGUUAUCAGAGUGGGGCGGUGGGGACUGGCAGUUAUGGGGCCCCCUCCUCACUACAGCAGGCCCUGCUCUCCCCUACUCCCUUGGACUACUGCCCCCCGCAGCAGCAUGUGACCCCCACUCUGCAGGGCCUCUUAUCCCCUCGCCACUCCUUAACGGGCCACGCCGACCCCAGGCUGCCCCAGCAGGACCUGGCUGCCCUGUUGAAGCGGCAGAGCCCCCGGUCUUGCUCCUCUUCCUCCGGCCCUCCCAGCGGCGGCCCGCAGGAGCUCGGCGACAUGCUGCUCCUCCGCCAGAUGAGCCAAGGAGAGGGUUUGGAGCCUCCUCCACCUCAGGGGGGCUCCGGAGGGCAACACUACCACCACCUCCUUCAGAUCCGGCCCCCAGAAGUUCAGCCGCAGCAGCACCCCCCGCCCCAGGCGCCCUGCCUCAGCCUGCCGCACUCGGAGAGCAUGGAGGAGGACGAGGCGCCAACCGGAUACCACCACCAACACGAAGGACUGCUGGCCAAGGCUGGGGACGGUCACGAGCUCCUGGGGCCUCCCCGAGGAGGUACCCCACCCUACAGCUCCCCCACCCACAGGCACGGUGCCUACAUGAGGAACGCUCCAGCUGCAAGAGAACCCGAGCAUGUGGAGUGCCGGCCUCCAGCACAGGCCAUGGAAGUGCCUGAUCACAACGGCGUGGGCUAUCCACGAGGCCCCCAGGGGGACGCCUAUAGAUCCAGAGGACAGCUGCAACGCCACCACACCAUCCAGACCUGUGAUGACGCCUAUGAUCAGGUGGAGCCCAUGUCUGGCAUGAGCCUCCUGGCCGGAAAGGCUCUGAGCUCCGCCCGCAUGUCCGACAUCCUCAGCCAGACGUCGCUGACGGGAAGCCAGCAGCUGCACCAGCGGGAGGAGUCAGUGUGUGAUGUUGAAGGGGAGCUACACCCGACGGCCUGCUACCCCUCCUCCUGUACCAGUGACAUGCUCCUGAGCUACAAGCCCCCCGACCUGCAGUACAGCAUGGAGCAGGCUGGAGUCUAGCACAGGGGGGCAGCAUCCUGUGCGGGGGUCCAUAUCAGCCACCCUGAGUUGUGUUGACUUGAGUUGAGCAGCAUCACCCCAAAUCACCGUUGUCUGCCCACGCCAUGCGGGGGCUGUCUGUGUCCAUCUGUCUAUCCCCAUCUGCCACUUCAGGGGCAUUCUGUGUGAGAGUGAGGGCAGUGUGGGGCGGUGUUUUCAUCCAAAGGGGGUUUUGUCUGGGUGGGAGUGUGGGGUGGGGGGUCACAGGUGAGGCCUUGGGGUUGAAAGGUCAAAGUGCCAGCAUUUUCUGCAUAUAUGCAUCCUGUUGAGGUCAAGGGGGGUUUCUCUUCUCCCAGCACAACCCCCAGACCUCUGUCCCUCCCAAAUCUGGCCCAUCACACACCCCCAGCCUUGACCUAAGCACACCCCCCUCCACCCCAAUGUGGGCAAAUUUUGAAGAUGUGCCUCCGGUCAGUCAUGUUGUCACCUGCCCCUAACCCGAAGUAUUCCCAUGAAGCUUGAGGGGAUGGAGAAACAAACAGACUGGCUCCUUCAGUCAGACCCGGGGGGGGGUUUGGGUGCGGCCCCACCUGGACGUCCCAAACGUCUCUGUCCAAAGACGGAGCACUUUCUGUUUGAAAGGUAUCUGCAUUCAUCUAGGAACAAUUGCCCCCGUGCUGUUGAUGUCAUUGUAGACAUUCCCGUGGUCACUUUUCUCCUGGUGACGGUUUCCGCUCGCAGCAGAUCUGAUGAACGAAAACGGAAGGAGGACGCCGACAAUUCUGCACUUUCCGUUCCAGCGCUCACCCCGCCAGCUCCCCCUGCUCUCUGUCAGCCCCCCUUCCCUGCUUCUUCCAUCCUCCCUCCAUGUGACAGUGUAAUGCAUUGUGGGUAGUUUUACCAGACAUUUCUUCCUUUCCUUGUACAGUAAUGCCAUGUAUAGAACGCUAUUACAGUUUUUCCUUUUUUUGGUCAGUUACUGUUUUCAGAUGUUUUUAAUUGGUAUUGUUUGUAUUUUUGAAUGUCUUUAAAACGUUUGUUUCUAGUUUGUUUUUUUUAUCUUACAAUGUCUAGCCAAAAGAGGACGAAGGGAAGAGAGGCGUUGCUCUCCCUCUGUCGAAAAAACGAUUGUUAUUACUUUAAGAUUAUCAUAUCGAGACACUUGAAUAAGAGGAAAGUAAUUCUUUUGUGUUGCUUUUUAAGGUAUCAUUUGAUUGGAUGUUGUGACUGUCAUUCUUGUUGAUGUUGAGCCUGUCUUCUGUUGCCGGGGUAGUUGUGGCAGGCUAUACAGGGUCAGGCUUUGGGCUCCGGCUGGGUUAGUUAGGGUGCUACACAGACUCGACGCUCUAAAACAUGAAAAGAAGAAGAAAAGACCAACAAACAAGGGAAUAACUUGUACAAUAGCUUACAUAUCAUCCUCAACAUGAGCGUGGAGACGGACACGUCUGCUGUCUUCUCCGAUCCUCCUCUGCCGCAUCCGCAUCGGUUGGCACCUUACGGACACGCCCCCUUCUCCAAAGCCAAAUUUGCUACAAUUGUUUUUUUGUUUCGUUGAACCUUGAGGCCUGGACGUUCGGAGCAGAUAUAUUAGCUGGACUCUUCAAAAGGGAACACGAGGUUACAAGCAGAGAGGUGCGUCCAGCUGAGAAUGGCGCUCUCUGCUGAGCUGGGAGGAGGACCACGGUGUUUUUAUUCCUGACGUUCUGCCGCACUCCUGGAUGUGGAAUCAGUGUUUGGCCGUGGAUGGAGCGCUGCAAAGAAUGCCCCUCCACCUACGCGCUGGGCCUCUUUUGAGAUCUUUGGAUGGCGUCCCGCGCUCACGCUUUCCUCACAGCAGCUCUGGUUGGCCUCUGCUCGGACUCAGCCAGGCGCCAUCGGAGGACACGCCUCCUGUGGAGUUACAGAGUCCCAGAAGGAAGAAGUCGGUGCUCCUUGCAGCUUUCCUCCUCUCCUCGUUCGGAUCUUUCCUUUGCUUUUGCUCAUUGUUUACACAAAACUGACAGGCAUCUGGAAGAGGGAGGAAUGCGGCUGGGAAGGAGGGCGUGCCCCGUUUCCUGUCCCGUGGCCAGAUGGGCGUGCCCCGUUUCCUGUCCCCUUAAAGGCUCUGCAACGGCAGCAGCUCCGCAUGUGGGGGGGGCAGAUGGAGGGACUGCACCAAGCAGAA